AUGGCCUUGAACACCCCAACUGCCUCUGCAUCGCUUCCUACAUCAGCUGAAUCAUCGGCGGCUCCUCGGUGGAAGUAUGACGUGUUUUUGAGUUUCCGGCAUGAAGACACUGGCCGGGGUUUUACUUCUUAUUUGUACAAUGAAUUGCAAAAGAGAGAAAUCAAGACAUUCAUGGAUAACGACGAAAUGAUUUUGGAUAGAGGUGAGGGGAUCUCUCAAGUUAUCCUAGAGGCAAUUCAAGAAUCAAGAUUUGCAAUCGUUGUUCUGUCGGAAAACUAUGCUUCUUCCAGUUGGUGUUUGGAUGAACUCACACAGAUCAUUCAGUGCAUGGAUUUUAAGGAAACAGUAGUUCUGCCAGUUUUCUAUCAUUUGGAUCCCUCUGAUGUGCGUCAUCAAAGGGGGGCGUAUGGACAUGCCUUCGUUGAACAUGAACAGAGGUUUGGAGAUCAAACAGAGAGGCUGAGGAAGUGGAAAGACGCAUUGCUUACAGUGAGCGACAUCUUUGGCUGGUCAAAAAAUGAUUAUGAGUCAGAAAGACAAUUUGUCAAACAAAUCGUGGAAUUUAUCUGCAGUAGACCUAUUGAAAGUGAAACAAGACAAGCAACAGAUGAAAUUUCUCCUCGAUGGAAGCAUGAUGUGUUUAUAAAUUUCAGGGGUAUGGACACUCGUAACGGUUUUCUGUCCCACUUACACGAUGAAUUGCAAAAUACAGAAAACCUGAACAUAGCAAGGGAUGACGGACCAGAUGCAAAAGGGCAGCUUAUAGUUCCGUAUCUUCUAAAGGCAAUUGAAGAGUCAAGGUUUGCCCUCGUUGUUCUCUCACCAAAUUUUGCUGGUUCUUCAUGGUGCUUGGAAGAACUUGCGAAGAUUUUUGAAUGCAUGGGAGGCCAGAAAAGAAUUCUGCCAAUCUUUUAUAAAGUGGAUCCCUCUGAUGUGCGACGCCAAACUGGGAGUUUUGGAGAAGGCUUGGCUCGCUUUGAAGACAGAUUUGAAAGAGACAAGGUCUUGAAGUGGAGACGUGUUUUAACAAUGGUGGCCAAUCUCUCUGGCUUCGAUUCAAGUAAUUAUGGGUAUGAAGGAGAACUUAUCAGACACGUUGCGGAAGAGUGCAGUAGACGAGUUACAGAGUUGACAGGAGAUUUUGAAACAACAGGAGAUGUUCGGUCCAUGGCUUCUCCCCAGCCUGAGCCAGCUCCUGUGAAGAAUGAUGUGCUUUCAGGUUUCGGGAUAGAAGACACUCGCAGGGGUUUUGUAGCCCAUUCAGACCAUGAAUUGCAAAACACAGGAGUAAAUAGAACAUUCAGGGAACACGAAACACAAAACACCGAUGAAAAUCAUGUUGAAGAAGAGAUAGUUAUUCCCUCUACGUCUCCACCUUCACCUGCUGUGGGAGAUCCUGAAAACGGGGUAGCCCUCCCAUCUACAUCACCAGUUAUUGGGCAACAAAAUGAUGAGUUUUUGAAUACCAGGGAAGAGGACAAUCAUAGGGGUUUUGUCACCCAUUUGGGUCACGAAACACAAAACACCGAUGCAAAUCAUGUUGAAGAUGAGAUAGCUGUCCCCUCUACGUCUCCACCUUCACUAGCUGUGGGAGAUCCUGAAAACGGGGUAGCCCUCCCAUCUACUUCACCAGUUAUUGGGCAGCAAAAUGAUGAGUUUUUGAAUACCAGGGGAGAGGACAAUCAUAGGGGUUUUGUCACCCAUUUGGGUCACGAAACACAAAACACCGAUGAAAAUCAUCUUGAAGAAGAGAUAGCUGUCCCCUCUACGUCUCCAUCUUCACCAGCUGUGGGAGAUCCUCGGGUGAAGUAUGAUGUGUUUUUGAGUUUCAGGGGGGAAGAUACUCGAAAGGGUUUUAUAGCCUAUUUAUACCGUGAAUUGCAAAAAACCAGAGCGAUUAAAACUUUCAAGGAUGAUGUGCAACUGAAAAAAGGGACUGUUAUUGCUUCAAAUCUCCUAAGGGCAAUCGAAGAAUCAAGGUUUGCGAUUAUUGUGUUUUCCGAGAAGUAUGCUGAUUCUGCAUGGUGUUUGGAUGAACUUACAAAGAUUUUUGAAUGCAUGGAGGGUAAGGACACAAUUCUCCCAAUUUUUUAUAAGUUGGAUCCCGCUGUCGUACGAUAUCAAAAGAAAGAGACCAGUUUUGGUGAAGCUUUCGUCAAGCAUGAAGCUAGACAUGACAUUGAGAAGACGAACCAGUGGAGAGCUGCAUUAAAAGGAGUGGCAGGAAUCUCUGGGACGGAGUUAGAACUAAUCGAUGACAUUGUGGAACAUUUGUUGGAAAAAGUACUUCAAGCACCCAACAGAACUUUUGGAACAUUUGAAGCGACAAGGCAAGCCAUGGAUGAGGUCAUGAAGGUGUUAAAAGAUGAUCAAGUCACUGUCCUUGGGGUGCAUGGGGUAGCUGGCGUUGGAAAGACGACUAUGGUCAAACAUGUUGGUGCACAAGCUAAGAAAGAUGGGCUUUUUGAUCGAUGGACUUGGACCCAUUCCUGGCUCUGGGGCUACUCAAUAAUCUCACUAAUGAGAAACAAGCUUCACAAGCUUCCCAAAUAUUUGGUAUGUUCAAAGCUCCAAAUUUUGUUACUACAAAGUAAUGCUGGUAUAUGUGACAUUCCAGAAACCUUUCUUCAAAGUCCUAAUGCGCUAAGGGUCUUUGAUCUUAGCUCCACCAGUAUUUCGUCACUACCUCAGUCAUUCAAUGUCCUAACCAGUCUCCAAGCUUUGAAUUUGGAUUUUUGCAGCAAUUUAAGUGAGAUAUCUGUCUUAGAAAAUCUUAAGAAACUUGAGAUUCUUAGUAUGAGAGAACUUCCUCUUAAGAAUUUACCAAAACAAAUAGGAAAUUUGACCAAUCUGAGGAAGUUGGACGUCACUGGUAGAUCUCUUGAAACAAUCCCAUCUGAAGUGUUAUCGAAGUUGUGUAGAUUGGAAGAACUGCACUUGAAGUUUCAAUUUGGGAAGUGGGGAAGUAAAAUUGAGGAUGCAUCUGAAGAGACCAACGCUAACUUUGAUGAGUUGACUGGUUUGCCUGAUUUAAACAUUUUGGAAGUUUACAUAUCUGAUGCUACAUGCUUGCCUCAAAGUGUUGAGUACUUCAAGCCGAAUUGGGUAGAAUUUGAUAUAUGCAUCAGCAGGGACGUGUUGCUCCCUCAAUAUGAUGGUUUUUCAAGAACCUUGACUCUUGACACAACAAUCAAUAGCUUACCAGAUUGGUUUAUCAGCAUUGUGACAGCGAAAGUGGAGCAGCUAGAGUACACAAAUUGCGAUGAUUUGAAUGACCUUGUUGGGGAAUAUGACCAUGGCAGAUUAUUUGUGCUGAAAUAUCUCUCUGUGAACGGGCACCAUAAGAACUUGAAAGAGAUAAUCAACACAAUGAGACGGGUUUCAAAUAAACCGGUAUUUGAGAACUUGGAAGAGUUGCAUCUGCACUGCUUAUAUUCCCUCGAGGAGUUGUGUGUUGGUGAGCUACCACCUGGUUCCCUACGCAAGCUCAAGUUAUUGAAAGUGCAAACAUGUCAUAGCUUGGUGAAUGCACUUUUAUCAUUGACAUUAUUGCCGAGAUUACAAAAUCUGGAAAAAAUCAUUUGUGUACAUCUAGACAGAAUGAAAUAUGUUUUUGGAUCUGAUGAAGUGGGUGUUGAUCCAGAGAAGAUUUUCUUGAGGAAAUUGAGGGAGAUGAGAUUGUGUGCUCUAGAAGAACUAGUAAGAAUAUGUAAUGGUCCUGCUUCGCAUGCAAUCUUCCAGAAUCUAAAAGUUUUGGCAAUCUGCAAAUGCAAGGAACUGAAAAGCCUCUUCACAAUAGACGUUGCUGAAUGUCUUUUUCAGUUGGAAGACCUUUGCAUAGAGCAGUGUCCUCGCUUGGACAGAGUCAUUGAAGCAAGCAAUAGCUUGAACAGCGAGAUUACACUUCCGGCGUUGAAGAGAUUAGCUUUGAUUGAUCUUCCGGUGCUCACAAGGUUCUGCACUGAAGGUGGUAAUAUUGAAACUCGGUGCCCUUCAUUGGAAUACUUGUCCGUGAAGAAUUGCAUCAAGUUUUCAUAUUUUGCAAACUCCCACUUCAGUAAGAAGGAAAUUCACUUCAAUGAUCUAGACCAUUUGAGUUCUCUAGAGGAAAGGUGGAAGGAAAUGCAUAAUCAGCUAUAAGAGAGCUGCUGCUGCACUAGGAAAAAAGAAGAAGAAAGAGAUGUUCAAUAGUCCCAGAACAAGAUUACUCAGUUAGCUGUAUGAAUGCUAUUAUUAUCUCUUAGUCUUGCAUUGGCCUGCAAUCUUUAUGUUGGAGAUUGCAUGCACAAACUUUUGAUU